CGAUGGGAAGCCGGCGGAGCAAUCAGUUGUCUCGAUGUCCCCAUCUAAGAAUCAAGCUAUGCGAGUGCUCUCACUUCUGACCGUUGCGGUUGUAGGGGCUUCCGGGAGAUUGUCCCACCCCGAUCCGUUCAUCGAUGCUAUGCUCGAAGCUGAACAUCACAGGAGUCGGAGAAACAUCGAUAUUGACGACGAAUCGAUAGUCUGUUACGAUCACGACGUGGGAUGCUUCACCCAGAAGGAAAUGACCUUUGCCGGGUGUUUCCCCGAAGAUCCAGGACAAGGCAACAUCAACACAACUUUCAACCUGUACAGCCGAGGAAGCAGGAACGAUACCCCUGUUGUGAUGCUCCAUGAGAUCGAGAAUACUUACAACGACAUUCCCGCCCUGAGGGAGACGCAUAAAACUCUCUUUGUGUUGAGCCAUGGACUUGGCGGCAGCGGACGUACGUACUGGGUCGUGGACAUGAAGAACGCUCUCCUCAAGGUCAAGGAUGCCAACGUGAUCGCGAUUGACUGGAGACGCGGUAGCGCCUUACCCCUCUACAGCCAGGCAGCAGCGAACACGAUGAGCGUAGGGAGGGCGGCAGCGAAAUUCCUCCUGGAGCUGAAGCGGAUCUACGGCUAUUCCAAUAAGAAUAUCCAUUAUAUCGGUUUCAGCAUGGGAGCUCAGGUCGGCGGCUUUGCCGGCAGGCAUUACUACAAACUUUCAGGGCAGAAAUUCGGUCGUAUGACUAUUCUGGACGCCGCUGCACCCGCGUUCGAGAAGUACGGUGCUCACGUCACGAAAGAGGACAGCGAAUUCACUAUUGGAGUACAUACUUCGGCCGGAGAGUCAAUAGUGACUGGGAAGGUCGGAAUGGUCUCUCCCGUCGGACACGUCGAUUUCUAUCCGAAUGGAGGAAUUUCUCAACCCGGGUGCAGCUGGUGGCAUGUGAAAUGUCACCACGAGCGCGCUCAUCACUUCUUCAAUGAGGCCGUCCUCAAUUCCGAAGAUCCACAGGCUUGUAGAUAUAUCGGGCAAACUUGCGAAGAAGAAUGGCAAAAAGUCAGGACUGGAGUCUGUACACCGAAGACAUACGAGGGUGAGAUGUCGCUGACUCCGAGCGGGAGCGGAAAACUUUUCAUCAAAACGAACGAUCAAGCUCCAUUCUGCAUACCGGUUCCGGAAGAGGAGAAGGCUCUCCUGUCGAGUUCGCUGCCUGCUGAUUUCCAGUGGAUUUAGGAGGCCUUUGCGAUGUUAUAAUUAACCCGGGGAAAUGUACUAUAAAAAAACCAUAUAU